AUGGUAGAGGCUGAGCUGAACAAUGUUCUUUUCAGAGCUGGAGAUCGGUUGAAAGUCCAAGGGAGGAUUCAUUUGGAUGCUAAAAGAUUCCAAGUUGACCUCGGCUCCGGGUCCAGUGAACUAGCUCUACACUUUAAUCCUCGUUUUCAUGACGGUGAUGACAAGAAGCCAGUGUUGGUGUGUAAUUCAAAGUGGGAUGGCAUCUGGAACCAGGAGCAAAGAGAAACACACACUUUCCAGCCAGGCUCCACUUUUAAGGUUGUAGUGAAGCACGCAGGAGGACAGUUUGAGGUGAUGCUACCGGAUGGGCAUAUGAUCGAGUUCCCAAAUCGGCAUGGGGUGGAUGACAUCACUUAUAUUUGUGUCAAGGGUGACAUUAGCCUCACUUCUUUUAAGAUGAAGUGA